AUGGAGACAGAUUACUACGCAGCUCUGGAGAUCAACAGAAACGCAACUGACGCAGAUAUUAAAAAGGCAUAUCGCCGUCUUGCGUUGAAGUAUCAUCCAAGCGCAGCCAGCCGUCUGGAAGACGCUGAGAAGUUCAGUCAGCUGGCUGAGGCCUACGAUGUCUUGAGCGAUCCUCGAAAAAAGGCAACCUAUGACAAGUUUGGGGAGGAGGGCCUAAAAAAUGGCAUCCCACUUCAGUUUGACAGAAAUGGGGCUUGGUCAUCUGGAUAUAUCUAUCACGGGAAUCCAGACCAAACAUUCAGACAGUUCUUUGGAGGUGACAACCCGUUUGCAGACUUCUAUUCGAAGGAUGGAGCUGAAGUGCCGGUUGGGGUUGGUGGCCUGCAAGACAGAGAGGUGAAAACACAAGAUUCUCCCAUAGAGAGAGAUCUUCACUUGAGCCUGGAUGAUCUCUACCACGGAUGUGCAAAAAAGAUGAAGAUAUCCCGCAGGGUUAUGAAUGAGGAUGGACUCACAUCCAGCAUUAAAGACAAGAUACUGAGUAUUAUUGUGAAACCUGGAUGGAAUGAAGGCACGAGGAUAGUUUUCCACAAGGAAGGAGAUCAGGGGCCCAACAGCAUCCCUGCAGACAUUGUGUUUGUCGUGCGACAGAAGAGUCAUCCUUGCUUUGUAAGACAAGGGAAUGACCUCAUCUACAAAGUUCAGAUCUCUCUGGAGAUGGCCUUGACUGGGUUCUCUGUGGAAGUGGAGACACUAGAUGGCAGGCUCCUCAACAUUCCCAUCAAUGACAUUGUACACCCCACCUACAGCAAAGUGGUGACUGGAGAGGGAAUGCCAUUAUCCAAGGAUCCUUCCCACAGAGGAAACCUCAUCAUCAUUUUUGACAUCCAGUUCCCCCAGAAGCUCUCUGCUGAGCAGAAACGUCUAAUCAAGCAAGUUCUAGCUUGAUUAAACAGCUGUAACAUUUUAGGUGU